AUGUGGUCACUCAAGCUCCCUACGGUGCUGUUGGCCUUGGCACAGUAUGCCGUGCAUACUGCUGCACAAAGCUCAACCCCUACACCCUAUACAGACCCAGCUACGGGAAUUGUUUUUGAUACCUGGACUGCGACUGCUGGCAUGACAUUCGGGUUUGCUCUUCCUUCAAACGCCCUGACUGUCGAUGCUACCGAGUACAUUGGCUACCUGAAAUGUAACUCUCCAAGUGGCGAGGGCGUUGGAUGGUGCGGCCUUUCCCUAGGAGGUACCAUGACCAACAAUCUCCUGCUCACGGCCUACCCCUACGAGGGAAAGAUUCUCACUGCUUUCAAUUGGGCCACUGGCUACGAGACUCCUGUCAACUAUGCUGGCACGGCAGAAGUCACACAGAUCUCUUCAACGAUCAGCUCCGGUUCUUAUGAGCUCAUCUAUCGCUGUGUCGGAUGCCUGGCGUGGAACCACAACGGCCAGACUGGCGGCCCGAGCACGAGCAGCAAGUUCAUGCUCCUUGGCUGGGCCCUGAACAAUGGCAGCCCUGGAAACGGUGCCUGUCCUGCGGAUAUCACUCUCACCCAACACACCUCCCAGAGCAUCUUUGGGGCCACGUUGACUGACAACAUCGCCAACCCGAGCUAUGACACCUGGAAAGCUCUGGCCACGGGAGUGGUCCCUGGAGACUGCGGCGCCACACCCACCUCAACGUCUUCUACACUUAUCCCUACUGGCACUCCAGUGCCUACGGGUACAGCCUAUGACUAUGUCGUUAUCGGCGGUGGUGCUGGCGGCCUGCCCAUUGCCGACAAGCUGAGCGAAGCUGGCAAGAAGGUCCUGCUCAUCGAGAAGGGACCCCCCUCCACAGGAGAAUGGGGCGGCAAGCUCAAGCCAUCGUGGCUUUCUAGCACAUCCCUCACUCGAUUUGAUGUUCCCGGUCUCUGCAAUCAGAUCUGGGCUGACUCCUCCGGAAUCGCUUGUCUUGACACUGAUCAGAUGGCUGGAUGUGUCCUCGGCGGCGGCACGGCCAUCAACGCUGGUCUGUGGUGGAAGCCAAAGGCCGCAGACUGGGACUACAACUUCCCUGAUGGGUGGAAGUCAACGGACCUGGCGGCCGCCACUCAGCGAGUCUUCUCCCGGAUCCCUGGCACCAGGGUUCCUUCGCAGGAUGGCAAGCGUUACCUCCCUGAGGGUUACAACAUUGUGUCCCAGGGGCUCAAGGCUGCCGGUUGGAAUCUCGUCGAUCCUAUCGCUGACCCGAACUCGAAGAACCGUACGUACACGGAUGGCCCCUACAUGUUUGCGGGUGGUGAGCGAGGUGGCCCGCUGGCUACGUACCUGCGGACGGCGAAUGCGCGAAGCAACUUUGAUUUCUGGACCAACACUCAGGUCAAGCGUGUCAUUCGCGAAAGGGGGCACGUCACUGGCAUUGAAGUCGAGCCUUACGCUGGUAAUGGCUACGUCGGCACUGUGCCCCUGACCAAGAAUACUGGCAGAGUCAUCCUCUCUGCCGGUACCUUUGGCAGCGCCAAGAUUCUGCUAAGAAGUGGUAUCGGACCGGAUGAUCAACUCACCAUCGUCAAUGGCUCAACUUCAGAUGGCCCAAGCUAUAUCAAAGAAGAGUUUUGGAUCAAUCUGCCAGUCGGCAGUAACUUGGAGGAUCAUACCAAUACCGACACCGUUAUCAGCCAUCCUAGUGCUGUUUUCUAUGACUUCUACGAAGCUUGGGAUAACCCCAUCACAGCAGACAAGGACGCUUAUCUCAACAAGCGGUCUGGUAUUUUGGCACAAGCUGCCCCGAACAUUGGUCCAGUGUUCUUCGACGAGAUCCUCGGAGCCGACAAUAUUGUCCGUUCACUCCAAUGGACCGCCCGUGUUGAAGCCAGUCUCGGCCACGAAGAUGCGCAUGCUAUCACCAUGAGCCAGUAUCUCGGCCGUGGCGCCAAAUCCAGAGGCCGCAUGACCAUCACCAGCAACCUGAACACAGUUGUCUCUGACGUCCCGUACCUCAAGGACUCGAAUGACAUCGAAGCUGUCAUCAAGGGUAUCGACAAUCUUCGGACUGCCUUGUCAGGUGUUGCCAACCUUACCUGGCUCUCUCCUGCCCCUGGAAAAUCUUCUCGCGAUUACGUGAACGAGAUGCUUGUAUCUACAUCCAACCGUCGUGCCAACCACUGGAUCGGCAGUAACAAGAUUGGCAAGAAUGAUGGCCGUUCCGGGGGCGAUGCCGUUGUCGACCUGAAUGCCAAGGUCUGGGGAACCGACAACCUCUUCGUCGUGGACGCUUCCAUCUUCCCUGGAAUGAUCACGACCAACCCCUCCGCCUACAUCGUCACCAUCUCGGAGCACGCUGCCUCGCGCAUCCUCGCUCUUGCGACCCCGACGCCAGGUGUCAAAUUUGCUCAGUGCGGCGGAGAUACCUGGAAUGGUAGCUACACUUGUGCGGACGGACUGACAUGCACGCGCAAGGACCAGUGGUACUACCAAUGUCUUUAG